CCCGCGCGCUCUCUCGCUGCAUGAGGUGUGGGGAUUUGUCCUGUGGCACUUGCAACCACCGCUAUCGUCUUCGGGAAAUACCUGCAGGAACGCCCAUCUCGCCGCGUCGGACGCGCAAACGAACGAGUGCCCAAUCGACACGUUCUACAAGCGGCGCAUUUCGACGCCGGAUUUGCACUCCAUGGUGGGACUCGCCAAAGCGCGCUUGCUCCACUGAGUGGCGGCGUCUUUUGUCCCUUCUCUGCAAUACGAUCUCUGCUGUCCGCACGCGGCUUACGUGGGAUUUAGUUCGAAGGAUAAAAACAUGGGCAACAUACAGACUGUUGGCCCCAACGAGGCCCUCAUAGUGUCCGGUGGAUGCUGUGGGAAUGCUGGCAAAAAGAUGGUUGUAGGUGGCUGGGCAUGGGCGUGGUGGCUGGUAACAGAUGUACAAAGGUUGACGCUAGAAGUGAUGACACUGACACCCCGUUGUGAACAUGUGGAGACGUCGCAAGGUGUGCCACUGACUGUCACGGGAGUGGCGCAGUGUAAGGUGAUGACGGAGAAAGAGUUCCUCUCAACAGCCGCUGAGCAGUUUCUCGGCAAGGAUGUUGACCACAUCAAGGGAGUUAUCCUGCAGACACUCGAAGGACACCUACGUGCUAUUUUAGGCACACUCACGGUGGAAGAGGUGUACCGGGACAGGGACCAGUUUGCCUCGCUUGUUCGGGAGGUCGCCGCACCGGACAUUGGCCGCAUGGGCAUCGAGAUUCUCAGCUUCACCAUAAAAGAUGUCUUCGACCGGGUCGAGUACCUCACCUCGCUGGGACGCGCCCGCACUGCGGCCGUUAAGCGGGACGCCGACAUCGGCGUGGCCCAGGCCGAGAGAGAUGCUGGCAUUCGGGAGGCAGAAUGUGAGAAGUCUGCCAUGGAUGUCAAGUAUGGGGCCAACACCAAAAUUGAGGACUCCAACCGGAUGUACCAACUGCAGAAGGCCAACUUCGACGCUGAAGUCAAUGCUCGGAAAGCAGAAGCACAGCUAGCAUACGAGCUAGAGGCUGCCAAGGUGAAACAGAAGAUCCGUAACGAGGAAAUUGAGAUCGACGUUGUGGAGCGACGCAAACAGAUAGCCAUCGAGGAGAAAGAGAUAUUGCGUCGGGAAAAGGAGCUCACAGCCACUGUACGGUUGCCUGCUGAGGCGGAAGCGUACCGUGUAGAAAUGGUUGCCCAAGGAAAGAGAACGCAGACAGUGGACGUGGCUCGGGCCGAGGCGGAGCGUAUCAAAAUGAUCGGUGCGGCGGAAGGGUAUGCCAUCGAAGCUGUGGGAAAGGCUGACGCUGAGCGGAUGCGUAUGAAGGCUGCCGCCUACAAGCAGUUUGGAGAUGCUGCAAUACUCAGUCUUGUGCUGGACACUUUACCAAAGAUCGCAGCAGAAGUUUCAGCACCUCUGGCAAAGACCGACGAGAUUGUGAUGAUCAGUGGGGAAGACCGCACAACUGCCGAGGUGACCAAGCUGGUCAGCCAGAUACCUCCCACCGUCCAAGCUCUUACGGGUGUAGACCUUGCCAAGAUGAUGUCGAAAAUACCUGGAAUGGCAAAAUAACCUCUUGGGUCAUGAAAAGAGGCAAGGAAGGAACAGCGGAAAACUUGGGGGACCUCCUGGUGUAGCAUCAUCUGUCGCAGUGUGUGUGUGCAUGUGUGUAUGUGCGUGUGUGCACACGUGUGCUUGCAGUGUCGCUUCAUUAGCUUUGCCAUCCCCCACCGCCCCCUGUUUUGAUGGCGACCCGGCUAGUCAGGUUCCCGUCGUAGUCAGCUUACUAUAAAUCAAGGGGGAGCCACGGCAGGGGAAAAGAGGCUUGGUGCGCAUAAUAUACAUGGCUAUUUUUAACAGUGAACAGAAACUAUAGUGAAAACAAGAAAAAAAAAAAAAAAGACUGGACCUGUAGUGCUCUCUGUAGGCAGGGUGCCCGCUGACGCAGUGUACCAGCAACAAAAAAGCCGUCUAGUGCCUCCAAACUUUUUGAUUGGAAGAAAUCAUUGCCCAAUCACGUGCGUGGUUGCAUCACAGGCACGUUUCUGUCCUCAAACAGAUGUGGAUCCGCAUCGGAGACAAGCGUUUCGUGUUUUUUUACUCUAUUUGUAAGCUUUGUUGGGUUUUACUGGCACUGUUGAUUUCUUUUUUAAAGAAAGUGGCGUUUUCACUGGCUUUACUAUUUCAGGGCAUUAACAGCUUUUCUUUGUUUUAAAACUUCGUUCUAUUUGUGCAGUUGUGCGCGCUUAAUAGAGAAUGACCGCGAGCUGUUCGUACAAGUUUUGCACAAUCUCCUUUUCGUGCAACCUGCAAGUUUCUCAAGAAAGUGUCGUGUUUAGCUCUUGGCGCUUUGUGCGACGCUGAUGAUACUCGGUGCUUAGCAUACGUGGCGUUGUCACCGAGAUAUGUCGCAUUGGCUCAUCUGCAAUCUGACUAUAAUCCUCAGCACUAGUAUGUGCUCAUGUGCAAAAGUAACAAACUAAAAUGGACACAAUGUGCUGCAGCAACGCACUUUCUAGUAGCGCUAGACGUCUCUUUCGUGAAUGUGUCGUGUCGUCUACCAAACAUAUGCAAUCGUUAGAACAAAGAUCCUCCUUUAAAAAAAUAAUGAUGCGAGGUUGUUGCAGAGACCUUGAUGCUAAUUGCAAUCACAAGUGAUUGUGAGUUCGUUCGUCGAAAGCGCACAGUCGUUGCGACACAGGCAUUUUAAAUAUCGCACUAGCUAGGGUCAAGUUAGCAUUACCUGGGUCAGCUAGUGACAGACAAGCUGCGUCUUUAAGGUAGGUGUCUGUAAUUCCACUAUGUGAAAAUAUUUCCCGCCCCGGAGCUUGCGCUUGAACCCAAGAAACUGCGAGUACGUAAUAUGCGAGCAAGUUUGCCUAUGUCCAUGUUCUUUUUUUUUCUUGUUGAAAGAAUACUUAUGUAACCAAAUGCAAUACUCCGAGUAUAGCACAAUAUGCAGUCAUUUCUUAUAGCUAACGAGAGCAUUGUGUUGGCUUAUAUUGGCAAUGAGUUUUUCUUUUUAGGCAGUUCGAACAUUUGUCACAACAGGAUAAAGCAUUGAACAAUAUCUUUGCAACAUCACUUUGAGACCAAUAUACUUGUAGAUACGCGUGUUUUUAUUUGUACCUGUUUCUCAAAUGUUUUCUCAUUUUAGAAAUCUCGCGUUGCUGUCGCUCUUUGGUGUACAGUCGAGCGAUCAGCUUUUCAUUGUGUUCUGCAUUUUGGUGUCACUGAAACUGUGGACUGUGCGAAAAGCAGUCGUUUUAUGACAUUUUAGGCUGUCCAUAGAUGGCUUCCUGUGCUGUUUUUACACACAUUCUUCGAGUGUUGUACUCGUUUUACAGCCAGCCAAAACUCUUGAGUAAUUUUUUUGUGCAACAACUUUAGAAACAUCUCUUGUGUUCAACUGCAUAUGGCAUUGUAUUUAUUUUUUUUUUAUGAAUGCUGUCACAGCUGUUGUUUUUUUGCGUCUGUACCUUCACUUUGUUCCUAGUGACGUCAUUUAAGAGAAAAUGCCUAUUUACACAACUUAUUUUUGUUGCUUUUUCUUUCAAAGAGUUUGUACCUUGUUUGUGUUCAGUAUUUCUGGGAGUUACUCUUUGCUAGCGAUUGCAGGCGAUAUAAUAAAAGCACUGUAAACAACUUGAAAUAGAUUGCCAAGAACACUUUUUGCGAA